GGUACGUUUCAGCCAGUGUUGCCAGAUUGGGUGGGAAAUCGUGCCUAAUGUGGCCAAACUGAAGCAUUACUUCCAUCCAACACGACUCGAAUGCACCAUGCGCAGCUAGUCGGAUAGCCGGAGAGGUGGCUCGUUGUCUUGGGACCAAACCGUAGCUUGUUGUUGACUUAUUGCUUAAAAACAAACAUGAGCAUGCGCCCGAGUGGAUGGAUGUCUCCGUAAAACCGGGAAGAAAUCGCGUGUCUGUCAUGCUCACUCCACAAACCUCCCAGAUGGACGGGGCUCCCCCCCUCCCCGCCCCUCCCCUCUCCUCUCCGGGUCGUGGAUGGGACCUCGGAGCACCCUGGGUGGUCAGGGACCAUAAUAUCACUCAACGUGACCAUGAUGAGGCCAGUCAUCACCUUUACGUUGAAGAAGUCAUUCAUCAACGUCAGGACUGUGUCGGUCGUCACCUUGACGUUGUGGGUCAUCACCAUGAGAACAAUGUGGGUCAUCACCGUGACAUCGACGUGGGUCAUCACCGUGACAACAAUGUCGGUCAUCACGCUGACAACGAUUUGCGUCAUCACUGUGACGAUGUCAGUCAGCAACAUGAAAACAAUCUAGGAGUCACGCCCCCAAACUCCACCAGACCGCCCCUCCAGGAAGGACCUGGCCUGUCGGAGGAGCAGCAGCUCCUCCCCCUCAGUCUCCUUAAGGAGGCGCUGGCGCCCCUCUGUCUCCGUCUGGCUGCUGUGGAGGCCGGGCUCGAACGCUUGUGGCUCCACCUGCCUCUGCUAGUCAUGCAAAGGGGUGGGAUUAUGCUGGAUGAGGGCGGGGCCAUGUCAGGGGGCAUGGCCAGGAAGAAUAGAACCAAAGGGGCGGCACCAUGCACAGAGACCACGGCCCCCGUCUCCUCCACCAGGACCUGUGUGUCGCCUCUAUUGAAACCAACGCCCUCCCGCCUGACCUGCAGGACGCGCCGAGAAACGGCAACGCCCUGCCUCACAACGGGAGGGCCCUCCAACCUGACCUCUAUUUUGCCCCCGGCAACAGUAACACCCUCCUUAGCUACAGGAGCACCUUCCCACCUGACCCGGGCAUUGUCCCUAGCAACAGGAACUCAAACCCUAUCAAUGGGAAUGCCCUCCCACAUGACUAGUCCAUUGCCCCUUAGCACAAGAACACCCUCCCUAGCAACGGUAACGCCUUCUCACCUGAACUGUAAGUCGCCCAUAGCAACAGAAGUGCCCCUUUUAGCACCUAGAUUGCCCUCCCUAACAACAGGAACGCCUUCAAUAGCGACGGGGAGGCCCCACCUAGCAGUGGGGUGUCCCUCCAUCCUAGUCUGCAGGUCGCCGCUAGCAACGGGUGCUGUGACGACUCAGAGAGCAGGUUCCAGCACCAUGGGGGAGGAGCUUAAGUCCACUGCGCUGGAAAGGGAGGUGCCCGCUAAAGGGAAAAGGAGGUGGUCUUUGAACGGGGGACAUUUUCCAUUGAAAAAGACUGCUGGUGGCGGCAGCAAGCCGAUGUCAGGAGAAAAAGGAGGCGGGUCCUCAGGACAGCGGAAGGAGCUAAAGGGAUUUAAGAAGAGAAGAGUCUGCAGGGACAUUCCCAAUUCCUGUCCCGCUGCUUCAGGGGUAACGUCCAAUGCGACCAUCGUCCAAUCACAGUGUUCUAUUCCACCUCUCCAUCAAUCAAGUAAUAUGCUGUUGCCAUGCGGCCAAUCCCGGCUCCCCCUCUCGCACUGCUUAGACAAAUCAAUGAGCUCUCGCGUCCCUGACCGUUCGUGGCCCAACGGUGCCACUCAUAACGUCCUGUUUGUUGGAGACUAUCCACUAUGCCAAACAUGUCCAACAGACCCUACGGCACAGUCUGACCAAUCACAAGAAAUCUUGUGCAGCCAUUCAGUCAGUUACUCCGCACCACUUCCUUGCCAAUCUGAGACCUCUUCGCCACCUCCCGGCCAAUCAGAGACCUCCACACCAUCUACAAGCCAAUCAGGGAAUCCCAUCUCCUGUUUGUUCUGGUCAGGCUCCCCCGCAGGCCAAUCAGGAUGCUGCUUCUUUUCCCUCCGCUCACCACAGGGCCGAUCACUAACCGCCCUCCGAAUCAACUCACCUCAUGUCUCCAUGACGACAGGCCUUCGGCUCCGCCCUCUUCGUGCUCUUGUCCACCUCUCGCCCGUUGCCAUAGAGACAGCAAGGCUUUGUCUCCUAGCAACAGCGGGCCAAUGGCCUCCAGAACGCCCGCUGAGAGACCGGACAGCCCCGCCCGGUCUGGGGAACGACCACAGUUAUGGAAAACCUUUGGCCCCCAAGUGCAGCUCUGUAAGGUCCCUCUCCAGAUGUUCCCGUCGGCUGAAGAGGCCCGGGGCUCACGGCUCAUUGGCCGACGGAGCGGCCAGCAGCACGGCUUCAAGCCAAUCACCGGCUCCCACUGCCGCAGAGCACCUACGGAAGACUGGACCACGGAAGACUGGACAGGUCACGCUUGACCUGGACCUGAAGGUCCGGAUCAAGCGUGUAUCUGAAAUCCCAAUCAGGAAGUCGAUGCCCAAACGAGACGCUGAGCUGACGCCCAUGGGCCUCCCCCGACCCAAGAGACUAAAGAAGAAAGAGUUUAGCCUGGAGGAGAUUUACACCAAUCAGAACUAUCGGUCGCCUAGCAACAACAGCUUGGAGACUAUAUUCGAGGAGCCGCGGGAGCGAGGUGGGCGUGUCCUCUGCAUGGCUCACCAAAAGAGGCCACGCCUCUUAGACUUUAGCCAUGCCCCCAGGCCGAGAAGACGUCGCCUUGGACCAGCUGGAAGUGGACUCAUCUCCACGGCUCUGCUGACGUCAUCCAUGCGCUCGUCAGCAGUGACUCGCAGGCGUUGCCGUGCCAACGGGGGCCUGGCUGGCGAUGAGGAGGAGGAUGCUGAUGUGAGGCUGGUGGAGCGACUGAGCGCACUCGAGGACUUUCUAUCUCGCAGCGGAUUGGAUUAGCUGUGAUUGGAUGAGGUGUGAUUGGAUGAGAUGAGAUGGGAUUUUACAAAUUGUGAUUUCUCUCCAAGACAUAUUCAUUUAAUUAAAUGUUUUAUUUAUUAUAAUUGGA